UCAGCUGCUCCUGCUUAUAUUUCCUGUGACAAAACUCUAUGGUUCAAGUAGCGGGCUUGGCGCGACCCGUUUCUUUUCCUUUUUUUUUAAGUCAAUGACCAGCGAACAGGGAAAAUUACGCGCCAUCAACGCUGGUGAUGACCUGGGUUUAUAUCAAGACAGCGACGAGCAAAACCUGCCCGACGUGACGUUUUCAGUCGGGACAUCGCUUGCGAACGCAUCGCGAACGCGAGAGAGUCAGCCUCUUCUUCGUCGAAUGGAGCCUGAUCUGGGGACCACAGCAGAGACCUUCCCGGACGACCCGCAGUUCGCUAAUGUCGUCCGGGAAGCAAUCACGGCGAUUGAGUCAGGGAUUUAUCCAGAGCGAAUUUACCAGGGAUCAAGUGGAAGCUACUUUGUCAAGAACAGUGAACGAACGAAAAUCGCGGUCUACAAACCAAAGGAUGAAGAACCGUACGGCAGGUUGAAUCCCAAGUGGACGAAGUGGAUGCACAAGCUUUGUUGCCCGUGCUGCUUUGGAAGGAGUUGUCUGGUGCCGAAUCAAGGCUACCUGUCCGAGGCAGGAGCGUCGCUAGUGGAUCAAAAAUUGCAACUGAACAUUGUACCUAAGACUAAGGUGGUAAAGUUGGUUAGCGAAACUUUCAAUUACUCAGCUCUGGACCGUGCCAAGGCCCGGACCAAAAAGAACGUGACAGAACGGUUCCCAAAAGUUGGCCGACAUUUUCAUCGCAUUGGUUUGCCUCACAAGGUGGGAUCCUUCCAACUCUAUGUGGAAAGCUACCAAGAUGCCGACUACUGGCUGCGGAAGUUUGAAUCAGAACCACUCCCCCCUGAUCUGCAGCGCAUGUUCCAGUUCCAGUUCGAGCGGCUGGUGGUACUGGAUUACAUUAUUCGUAAUACAGAUCGGGGAAAUGACAACUGGCUCAUCAAGUGCACCCGACCAGACAAGGAGCCUCAGAGUUGGAGCCCACGGACACCAGAGAUCAAGAUCGCUGCCAUCGACAAUGGGCUGGCCUUCCCGUUCAAGCAUCCAGACUCUUGGAGAGCAUAUCCUUACCAUUGGGCGUGGCUGCCUAUGGCCAAGGUGCCUUUUUCUACAGAGACACGUGACCUAGUCCUACCACAGCUCUCGGACAUGAACUUUGUGCAAGAGAUGUGCGACGAGCUCCAUGCUUUAUUCAAGAAGGACCCAGGUUUUGACAAGAACCUUUUUGAGAAGCAGAUGUCAGUCAUGCGUGGUCAGAUUCUGAAUUUGAACCAGGCAUUAAAGGAUGGCAAGUCUCCCGUGCAGUUGGUCCAAAUGCCAGCAGUCAUCGUGGAGCGGAGCAGCCGACGACCAGGUGCUCGUGGUCGUAUCAAGUCGCUGAAUGACAACUUCAUCCAGAGCUUCCAAAACAAGGCCCCUUUCUUCUCUUGGUGCUGACACCCUAGGCGGGGGUUGUGACUUAAAAGCACAUUGGGUUUAUCUUUCUCCUCCUCGUGGCUUUUUGUACUUUUUUCUUUGAUGUAAUCUUUAAGACAAUAAAAACUAACAUUUGGGGCCAUUGAUGGGGGUGCAGCAGCUCAACCUGUGUGUGCUCUGUGGGUGCUAAAUUCUCCCCCCUCGCCCAGCACCCUUGCCACUUUCUGUGACAUUUAAGUUGCUGCUUACUGCUAGUCAUUUUCAAGCAAGCGUCCUGUAUUGCAUGAAAACUACGCUUCAUUUUCUACUGCAAUUCCAAGCUGUCUGGAAGGCAUUUAAAGAUAUGUGCACACACCCUACAAUAAUGCCUCGAAUGGGCAAUGUAGGUUACCUGUAUGUUAAAAACAGAUUUUGGCACAAAGAGUAAGCAUAAAAAAUUCUUGCUGACGUUUCUUAAACUAGGGGAAAUUUAAACCUCUGCCACUGUGUGCCGAGAUUUUGCCCUGAGGCUUAAUAUUCACUGAGGGAUGGAAGAUUUGGUUAAACAUGUGCAAGGCGAGUUAUAUCUGCUAUUUGAAUUUUUUCUUUACGGUGCCACUGGAGAUUUUCUUUAAUGACACAUUAGCAGCAGUGAGCAUUGUAUGAUGACUAUAUUAUAUUCACUAAUUUUGUUUGUUGCGUUAAGGCACAUAUUGUAAUAGUAAAAUUGUCAGUAUUAAGGCAUGCCCACUUAGGAGUUGCGAGACUAUCACUAUAACACUCCCCAACCAUGUACUGAAAUGACUUCCGUGUGCAAUGUACCAGUUUCCUUCGAAGCCUACCUUGUGCAUUGUGGGACAAAACAUUGUGGUCGAAUUCCUAUAUAUUUCGUGCCAGGAUUUGGGUACACAUACUUUAAACUAGAGUGGACAUGCAAAUUCUGACUGGUUUGAGCGGCAUGAUUGCAACAUAAGCUCUAAGGUAACUGGAAGUGCAUUAGUGAAUAUAUUGCUGAAAGAAAGGCACCAUCUCCACUAUACUUUCUUCGAGAAACAACCUUCAUUGGAACAGCUGGUAUAGUGCAAACAAAGCAAGUCUAAUUUUAUGAAUUGCUGAAGUGAUCUUGAAUUUGCUUGAACCCCAUUAUAAUGCCUUCGAGCGUGUCUUUUUUUUUUUACCUAUUUGGUGCUUCAUUAAAGGAGCAGUUGGGCCGAGUUGUAGCUUCAUGCAGAAGCCAUUAUAUUGUGUACUGUGUUUAAUUAUUCCAAAGUGUUAAGUGCCUAUUACUGCUUUGUUUUCGCCCCAUUUUUACGACAAUAUUGUAUUUUUUUGGUCCACAUGGUGCAGUAAAACACUACAUCGCUGUUUGACUUAGUCAUCUGGACUUUGCCGAUAUGCAGCAAAACACAUCUUUGCAGCAGCUCAUUUACGAGAUGACAAGGUGCACAAAUGACAGCAUUUUACUUUUUUUUUUUUCACACAAAGCAGACAAGCCAGGAUGCCAAGUGCCUUAUUGAAUUAUGUGGGCCAAAAAGUGCAAUCUUGUUGCGAAGUAUCAGUGCAAACAGCAGUAAAAGUAAAAUAUUUUUUAUUUCUUAUAAAGUGCAGGUCGCUUUGUGCCAUGUACACAGACCUUCCAUUCAUUUGUACAUGUUUUGUGUAUGAAGGACUGCUCUAAAGCGUAAGCAGUAGCUUUCUCAACAUCUAAGCAACAUCCUGUCAAAGUGCACUACCUUGUAAAGCCAAAGACCAUAUUUAGACGCGGUAGCUAUCUUCAGGUGUGUGAGCUGCUGCAUCCUCUGUGGCUGGACUGAAUGCACAACUGACUGUGCGCAUGCCAAUGUAGCCGUAACCUGUGCUGCUCACAUUGAUGUAGCUUCCCUUCAUUGGCACUGCCUCUUUGCCAACAGUGGGAUCAGUGACUUAGAGCGAUGCAUUUAUUUUUGUUCAAAAUGCAUCGUGAAUGGCAAUUGUGAUGCGGUAGCAGCUGUCUGAAGAAGGGAAUGUGUGCUACAUCAAUGCCUUGAAAUUGUGCAGCAAAAGGUAAAAAGCCACCAAUAGCAACUGUGGUAUGCUUUGAUGUGUAUGUUCCUGAAUCGCUGAGUAAUGUUGUUUUGGGUUGUAGUUCUUGGGAACAUGAAGCAGUGGUGACACAAGAUUUGUGGAGCCGCUGCCUUUUUCUUGAAUUAUUGUAGUCCUUCAGUUCUUAAUAUCUUGGAAGGUGUGUGUGCCGAAACUAAUUUGGAAUUUGUUUUAUUGCUACUUGUGGGAGAUACGUUUCAGUGAACAUUUAAAGGGAAUCACCGACUGCUAGUAUUUAAGAAGUGUGCAUUUUUGGAAAAAAAUGCAUUGUUUUUAUUUUGCUAAAUAAAUAUGAAGUUUGUUGUUAUUCAAUAAAAUAUGGCACCUGUAAA